CAAUAACCAAAAUGUCAUAUUAGCAUCAAUUGAUUUUGAGUUUAUUUUGCUUGCCCAGCAAAACAAAUUUCAAAGUUCUGUUGAAAUAAAUAUACAUCAUGUCUCAGACUGUUGUCUUGAAAGUCGGCAUGUCAUGCCAAGGUUGCGUUGGAGCCGUGAAAAGGGUUUUAGGCAAAAUGGAAGGUGUUGAAUCUUUUGACAUCGAUAUUGAGCAGCAAAAAGUGACCGUGAAAGGCAAUGUCCAGCCAGAAGCUGUUCUGCAGACCGUUUCAAAAACCGGGAAGGUAUCUUCUUUCUGGGAAGCAGCAGAAGUACCAGAAUCAAAGCCAGCUGAAACACCGGCCCCACUAGAGUCAAAGCCUGCUGAAGCACCAGAAUCAAAGCCAGCUGAAACACCAGCCCCACCAGAGUCGAAGCCUGCUGAAUCACCAGCUGAGGCAAAAUCAAAGCCUGCUGAAACGCCAGCUGAGCCAGAAUCGAAGCCUGCUGAAGCACCAGUUGAGCCGGAGUCAAAGCCUACAGAAGUUGUUGUUGUUGCAUAAGAUGUUUCUUUAGUCUCUCGACUCUCUGGGAAUGGAAUUGUGUUGCGUGCUGGAGUUUUUGCACGUUUGUAUGCAAAAUAUAUCCUAUAAAAUUAACUUCUUAAAAGCUCUUUUAUUUUUAUUGAUGUAAUACAAAGCGUACGGUGACACCACUUUGCUUCUAUCCUACCUUUGUACUGUAAUGGGAGUUAUUUUCGCCGUCGGCAUUAACUUGUCUCUUACUGGCUUUUCCCAUGAGAUUAUGCUUUGGAUUUAGAAGCUUUUAAUUCUUCU